AUGAUCUUUUCCUCGGAAAUUAACGAGGAGUCGCCACCCCCCCCACCCCCUCCCCUUGCCCUCGAGAUCCUCAAGGGACAGGUCGGCGCGCGAGUCGAGAAGAUGGAUAAACUGAACCUACUCUCUCUGCAUGUGCCGCCGAUGUACGGCGAGCAAGACUUCCCCGAGGCCGAGUCGCUCCCCAGUCGCUACGUGCCGCUUUCGUGCUUGCCUGUGUCGUGCUGGUCCGCGACCAAGGGCUCCGGCGCCUCCUCGCAGACGCUGGAGGAGGGCGACCCCACGGCACCGUGGUCAGUGUCUGCGGACACCGUCUCACCUCCGCUGAAGGAGGUUUCGCUGGACGAUAGUCAGACCUCUUCGUCUUCUCCCGUUCUGGUUUCUUCUCAAGUCUUUUCAGCCCCCUCAGAAGCUUCGCAGCCGCAGUCUGCUCUUCUCGACGCAGCCUUCGGCGAGUCGCUGCACAAGAUGAUGGUCGCCGUCUCCACUGGGCCGGGGGACGACCUCGCGGCGAAUUACUCUGCUUCAUCUCCGCUCUCCUCUUUCUGCGGCAUGGCUCCCGUCGUGUCCUCCGUUGCCCACUCUGACGCCAAGGUCGCCGAGGGCCCGGUGGAUGCAGACGGCCUUUUGCAUGCAGAGGCGGGCGUGUCUGCGGACGCGUGUGUCUCCGGAGGAGCUUUGGAGAGCUCGGCGCUCGCGGGGUUUUCGGAGGCGGCGAAGACGCCCCUCCCCGACUCGGCUCUCCUGUUUUCUGCGACUCAGACCACAGGCGCGAGCGCACGCGAAGUAGGCAGGGCGUCCGCGAGUGGAGCACAGACGGUUCACCACAUGGAUGGGACGGUCACCCCCACAACACGCUUUUCCACAGAGCAAGAGGAAGAAGCCAGCGGGGCGGCGGCUCCUGCGGCACUGGCGCUCUCGAGUGCUGGGGCGGCCUCGACCGUCUGCGCCUCCCCCCCGUCGGUCUCCUCGCUUCUCGCCGCCUGCCUCCCGCCGCCCGCCGGAGCGGCUCGCAACCCGACGCUGUUGUCCUCGCUGUCCCCGCCGGCCCCACCGGCAGAUCCGCUCCUGUCCUCUCUGCUCGCUGGCGGCGACGGCUUUCUGGCGGAAGAUGCAGUUGGGGAGCUCGCGCGCCGCCGCGCCGACGCUGCCCUCGUCUCAGACCCCGUCGCGGGCCGCGCGCUGACCUCGCUUGCGCUGCUGCGAGGCGUCGAGGACUCUCUGAGCCCUGUGGCCUCGACGCAGCGCGAGCUGCAGCGGCUCCUGGAGCUCCAACACGAGCAACAGAGACAGCGGAGAUUCCUGGGCAGCGUCGUCAAGGGUGAAGAAGAGGGCGACAGUGACAUCGCGAACAAGGCUUUCCUCGGCGCCCUCGAGGUCAUGAUGCGGCGCGAAGAAGGCGAAGCUGCCAAGGCAGUGCUCGCCCACAAAGCUACACCACACGUCGGCGCAGCCCGAAACGCAACGGCGACUCUCGCGCGAGAUCACGUGGCGGCGCCCCCUGCAGGCCCGACGGCCGGCGCCAACACACGCAGCGGUGCCGGACGAAACUCAGCGCCAGGCGCAAGCAACGGAGACUACCCCGAGGAAGAUCUUGUGUUGGUUGCGUCUCUGCGAGAGCUGUUGGAGACUCUGCCCAGAAAGAAGGAGGGAGACGCGCGCAUGCUGCUCUCUGGAGAAAAGCCCUUCGUGCGGCCGUAUGCGCGUCAAAUUGUUGAGACGUGGAAGAUCCACCUGGGCGAGACCGGGCGAACGACGCUGAAGAAGGAAAUCAGCGAGCGGACGCAGGCCGACGCGACGCUCAAGCGCCGCGUACUGUGCAUCGCCAAGUUGAAGAUGGCGACGCUGGAGGAGCUCGUUCAGAUUGCGGAGAUCACCGGUCUCCUUGAGCGGACUCUGCAGAUUGCAAACAAAUACGAGGCAGAGCGUCAAGCAGCUCCGGUCAGCCGCCAGAACAUGUCGCGCCGCGGUGUGUCCGCAGUGUCUGCGCGCGGCGGCGGGGGGCCAGUGACUUCUCCAGCGGUUCGUCCCGCGGCUGUGCAGAACUUCUUGGGCGUCUCGGCGAGUCAACGCGACUCGUCCUCUGUCGCCGCCAGUCCUGCGUCUCUCGCCUCACCGUCUCUUCUGUUCGCCGCGGACGCGUCGCUUCUUUCGGCGGCCUGCUCUCUCUCUGCUGGCGCGUCGGCGUCGUGCUUCUCCACAGGACCAAGUUCGCGUCGCUCGCCGUCGCCCGCCCCUGCGGCCGCGGCCGGAAGCGAGGCUGCGUCGCCGGAGCAGGCGGCGGAAGAAGGUAAAGGCCUCACGCACCUCCUCCACUCGGCGUCGGGCUCUCUCGCGGAGUCUGCCGCCGUGUCGGGUAGCGGCGCUCUGCGCUGGUCUAAGGAGCAAGGCCUGCUUCUUGGGGCGGCUGCCCUGUCCUCGGCGAACCAGCACCUGAAGGCCGCGGCGGCGGGAGACAGCAGCAGCGGCUUGCCGGCCUCUCCGGCCCUCUUCGACUUGGGCGAGUCCGAGCUGUCUGCCGCGGACGCAGCGGCCGCCGGGCUCCUCUCUCUCAUCACACAGCAGCAGGCGCGGUCGCAAGGCGCGACUGGCGAGGGCGACGGCGUGGAGACGGCAGCUCCGGUUGUUGGACCAACGGCAACAGAGGGGCUCUUGCUCGCCGCGUUCGGUGGCGACGAAGCCGCAGCCGCGGUCGUCGCGGCUCUCGCGUCGGGCAGCGCGGCGACGCCUCAGCUCCGUCAGAACAAAGUCGACGACGCGAUGGCGGGUGCAUCGAAGCGCUUACAGAACCGGAGACGUACUCGAAAGCGAAGAGGCAACAACACAGUGAACGCCGCCGGCACUGCGACCCCGGAUUGUCAAGGAGCGGAGGCGGUUUCCGCGGGCGGGGAGGGCGCGACCGGCUUGUGCGCGAAGCAGGUCUUACUUGGAAACGAGGAUGGGGCCGCCGCAGACUCGGGAGAAGAAAGCGCGCUCAACAGCAGAGCGGGCUGUCUGACGACUGUCGGCGACGAGUUGAUGUCCGGCGGGGAUGACGAUAUGGGCGAGGCGAGCGAGCGAGGGCUGAACACCGGCUCUUUGCUGGCGUCUCAGCUGGCUGGAGCGGAGAGCGACGGAGUCGGAAAGGAGACAGGAGACAGCAGGCCGUUUGGCUCCGUGAACUCGCCCCUCCUCACCCUCCUCGAACAGUCCGUGGGGGCAACGAUCCAGGCCAGUCGGGGGGGAGUAGCUGACGACAUGGAGGAAGGGCCUGAUGUCGAGAAGAUGAAGGACGUCGAGGCGAAAUCCGACAUGUUGGUGUCGGCUGUCACCGACGGCACCUCUUCACCCGACGUCUUCGCGGCGCGUGCAAAGACCGCGAAGAUGGCUGAGUCUACUUCCGAGGGAAAGGACGGCGACGCGUGCGUGCCUCCCUCCAAGAUUCGGCUUGUCGGGGAGCACAGACUAGUGCCGCUUGCGGUGGAUGGCGGCGCUGGUCCUAGCUCGUCAGAGCCCGUGUCUGCACAGUCUUCAUCGGGACAACGCAGUGACGAAACCGGUGUGCGAGGCAGUCAAAGUGUGGAGGGUGUGGCGAACGAGGGCUUGGCUGGUCUCCUGGUCUCAGACGCGACGAGGGACAGCGACGCGGACAGUCGGAGCACGACUAGCGGCCGCAGCGUGAGCCUAGGCAGCAGCUGUAUUGGCGGCGCGCCGGUCGCUGCGCCUCCGCAGACUUCGCAGGCGGCGGCAGCGGACGCGCAAGAGGACGUGCAGGCGUGUUCACUGCGUCUCAGUGCUGCACUCAAAGAGGAAGCAGAACAUGGUGGCGCGUGUGGGCUCCACGAAGCUGUCGCAACUGCCCUUCGGUGCGCAGCCAGUUCCGCUGAUUCGGCGAGCGCAGGCAUGCCGAGCGAUGCCUUCGCGGAGGCGUGCGCAAAGGAGGCGCAGAGCCUUCUCGACAGAGCCGUACGGGCAAACCUCGCGCUCGGGCUAACAUCUAGCCCAAACGCAGACGAGGACGUGAGCCAGGGAGGCGCUCGGGGCUUCAGCCGGAAACGCAGCCGCCAAGAUGACGCACUGGAACUCCAUCCCACGCUCCAGGUGCUCAGUACAGUUUGCGUCAUGUAUCUCAAGGAGAAGGUGCUGAGCGGAAGCACGGAAGCCGGGUCCAGCAUUUUUGACGCUCCUCGCGCGUUCAGCUUCGUUGUCGUUUCCCUUGCAUCCCAGUCUUCCCUGAGACACUGCUGGAGGGCCAUGGAUAUCUCUAAAAAAAGGCAGCAGGUUCUGGGGAGCCUUUGGGGCGCUAGGGGGCCUGACCAACAAGCCCUCCAGUUGACCCCGUAUAUGGCGGAAGAGCUGGUUCAGCGUUUAACAUUUGUCGAGCUGCAAGAUAUCUGCUCCCCACAAUGGUACGCUCACCACGAAGUUAUCGAGCAGAUCAACUUGUACGCUCACAAGCAAGCGGCUGCGGCGACGGACGAGUUUGUCAUGGACAUGAUUGUUAAUGCCGACAAAAUUUACCAUGAAGCCCUCCUCAUCAACCUGCUCGAGGUCUUGCUCUACCACAAGACUGCUGCUCAAGCAGCUGGGGACUACAUUGUUGAUCUUGUUGAUUACAUCAACAGAAAAGUUAUUUACCUGCUAAGCCGGGAUGCAUCGCAGCUGCACAGCCCGUCGCUUAGCCUGGAGAGCGGCGCACAGGGGGCCUUGCCUUCAGACGAAGAAGAGCUUGAACGCCAGCAGCUAGACUGCAGAUACAAAAUCUGCAUGACAUGCCUUUCCAUUCUGCGAUUCAUCACUGACCACCGCGAAGGGCUUCCCGUCACAGUGACGACGCGUCUGCUAGAUCAGCACGAUAUGCUCCUUUCCCUCGUGACGCUGAUGGAGCGGAAACCGUGGUACCGGACACGCCGUAGCGGAGAGACAGAGUUCUUCGAAGACCAACAGUGGAUCCUUCAGAGGAGCGACGAAGCGAGCAUGCCUAAGGUCCAGGCACAGGUCUGGCUGGUAAUUUACAACCUCGUCAUGGAUCAGGAAUGCAGAAACAGGCAAGGAAAGGACAAACAUUUGCCAGUCCCGAGGGGAUACGAGAUGACUACUUACCGACGAGACACGCUCUUGAGACUUCGCAGGCACCUGAACGAAACUGUGCAUGACCAGAUUCCGCCACUGGCGGACCUGCAUCGGGCUCUCGAGCAACUGGCGAUUGCAGGCCAGCGCCCCGAGGAGAAGCGGAGCGUCCCCCCGAUUUUGGUGGAACUCGUGAGCGCCGAUGUUCGAGAAAAACUCCUCCAUGCAUACGAAGGCAAGUGGGAAGAACUAGCGGCGAAGCAAAAGAGAGAGCUUAGCGAAGCAAAGCCUGAGGACCUCAACCGCAUCUGCAGCUUGAUGAUGUCCAUGCCGUUGGAAACCUUAACUACCAGCAAGCGCUGCAGAGCAUGCGGCCGCCAUGCUGAUCAGAGAUGCGCCAAAUGCAAGGCGGAAUGGUAUUGCAGCCGCGAGUGCCAGAUUGGCGACUGGAGGAGCCAUAAAGACUUCUGCAGUGCCGCUUCCCGCACGACUGAUUGCAGGUCAUGA